UUUUGACUGCGAGUGAUGACGGACGUUCCUGCGCUUACUCGCGGUUAAGUUGGACAACUCGUUAAAUGCAGUAUUAGCGGAAGACAUUGAUUAUGAUCGUAUGGAGGUAGUGUCGCGCAAUGAUGUAAAGCGGAAAAGCAUAAGUGAAACCAGUGAUCUGAUUGAACGAACAAACAAAUCAUGCAAGCGUGACGUCCGUUUAAGUAAUUCCUUGGGCGAAGACAUGUCCGGCGACGGACGAGGCCGGGUGGCCGAUCAACAACGUGGAAGUGGGUAUGUACCAGGUGGGAGCGCACGUUACCCUGAUACCUGUAGCGGUCCUUUCAUUGUAGUAGUGGAAUCCCUUGAUAGUAAUAUUGGAAACUUGCACCCGAUUUCUUUAGGUAAAAGAUUGCACCCUAAUCGUUAUAUAUUGCAAAUCCAACAAGCAGGUCCAAAACGGCUGAAAAUGUACUUUAGUACGGCGACAGCUGCCAAUCAAUUUCUGGACUCUGAUACUCCAGGCAAGAUGAACCUGCGAGCGAGCAUCCCCAUGGGUCUGACGAGGAAACAGGGUAUCAUAUAUGGUGUUCCUUUGGAUGUUAGUAUGGAAGAGGUCCUCGACGGAUAUGAAAGCGCUACCCAUAAACUCCUGCAUGCGGAACGUCUCACCAAGCAUAUCCAACGCGAUGGGCAGGAUCUUCGGGUACCCAUCAAGCUCCUCAGUCUCACCUUUGAAGGGCAAACGCUGCCUCCAUAUAUUAGUAUUUUUAAAGAAAUAUACAAAGUGACCCCUAAAGUCCAGAGCGUUACCAUGUGUUAUCAGUGCCACCGAUUUGGUCACACUGCCAAAAACUGUCGUUCCACGACGCCUCGGUGUGCUACCUGCCUUCUUGUCCAUGGACAGGCCUGCCCGACAGUUGGUACACCACAAUGUGUUAACUGCCGGGGACCACACUCGGCACUCAAUAAAAAGCUCUGCCCCAUGUGGGAACGUGAACGUGAAAUCAAACGGCUAAUGGCUUAUCAUAAUCUUUCGUAUGCAGAUGCGACAAAGAAGUUACCACCCAGUCCGUGUGUACCGGAACAACAGGUCCAUUAUCCUAUAAUAGGGUUCCCUGUUCUGCAACCCCAUCUCCCACAUACAGUUUCCACCUACAACAGUACACCUGCAGAGGUUCCCGCACCACAGCCGACGUUUGCUCACGUGACCCAAAGCACCAUGCGACGUAAGACUGUGCCUACACGGCCCGAUGGCUAUACCACUUGUUACAAGGCGAUCCCACCCGUCAUUCCGCUGGACUCCCACACAAAUGGCGACAUUCGCCAAUAUUACGCGCAGUUCCGUCCUGAAGUGCCAGACAUCACUAUCGGACCAGUACACAAUCCACACGCAGGUGAACACAACCUUGAACAACCGCCAUCUACCCCUACAGGCACCGAGCACACUGUUCCUAAUGAGAAAGUCCAGAAUAUCGUCGAUAUGAUUGAGGGCUUGGUCAGCACUGCAAAGACAGAUCAUACGUUCGCCGUCAACAAGGAUACCUUGAUGGAGGUUCUCCUCCGCAUUUUGAACCUAUAAUUUAAUCUUCUUGUACCAUCUCACUUCCUUUCAACCUUAAGAUACUACAAUGGAACGCUAGGUCAUUGAUCGCUAAUCGAUAUCCCAUGGAACACUAUC